AUGGUUGAGAAGUCAUUUAAACCAGAUCUGUUUACUUGUAAUAUUCUUCUUCGGGGGCUUUGUAGAGAAGGUAUGCUUGUUAAGGCUCUUAAGCUCUUCAACACAUGGAUUUCAAAGGGAAAAGCUAUUGAUGCUGUUACCUACAACACGAUAAUAUCAGGCCUUUGCAAAGAAGGCAGAUUUGAAGAAGCCUUUGAUCUUCUUGCAGAAAUGAAAGAAAAGAAGUUAGGGCCUGAUUGUUAUACAUAUAAUGCAAUUCUUUGUGCACUUGCUGAUGCAGGUAGAAUGGAGGCUGAGGAGUUCAUGUCAAAAAUUGUCGAACAGGGAAAAUUGCAGGAUCAGACCAUAUCAUUAAAUAAAAGGAAAACAGAGAGUGGUAGUGAAACUGCUCAAGAAUCUGAUCCAAAUUCUGUUGCAUUUUCUGAACAGAUUAAUGAGCUGUGUACACAAGGGAAAUACAAGGAUGCAAUGCAUAUGGUUCAAGAAUCAACACAGAAGGGCAUCACUUUACAUAAAUCUACCUAUAUUAGUUUAAUGGAGGGACUUAUUAAGAGGUGAAAAAGCAUAUCAAGAUCCUGGUUAUCGCGGUGAACUUUUCUUGGGCUGUUCUCGAUCGUGUAAAAGUGAAGGAAAGUUAUACCGUGAUAUAAUGAUUAUCGAAUUUAUAUAGAAUAGGAAAGUACAUGAAAUUAUGAGAAAAUUAGCAUUCGAAUUUAUAUAGAAUAGGAAAGUAUAUGAAAUUAUGAGAAAAUUAGCAUUGAAUUA